AUGGAAUCAUCACUCCAGCCGCAGUUUCUGUUGUUGCCAAAAAAUGUGACGCUGGCAAAACCUGCUGAAAGUUAUGUAAAAACCAUUGGAGGUUGGCAAAAAACUAAUCUCACAUCACCUCUGCCUGGUGCUGGCUGCUGGUCCCCCAAGUCUGCGUCAACAGAUUCCACUUUUAUGAUGCUGUAUAGAGUAGACUACCCCGCUAAGCUGGAUAAAUUUCUGGAAUUAGUUCGGAUUUUCCAGGCCAAAAAAGUAUGCUUCUACUCAUUUGAUCCACAAAGGAACCCACGCCUUGAGCGCGUUUGCAAUUUGUAUCCCACUCAGCAGCCAGGGGGAGGUGACAUGCCCAACAUGGACCUGGUGAACUGGGCAGAUGGUUUUGUCCUGGUCUACUCCAUCACAGACCGAAACAGCUUCAGCUUCAUCAAGCAAGUCAAGCAGUUCCUGGUGGAGAAACGAGGGGUUGCUGGACCCCAGUCCUGUGCCAAUGGCGGGUCACCGUCCACGUCCACGUCCUCCUUGUCCUCCUUCUCCUCUUCAUUCUCAUUUCAGUCGCCAGGGGGCACUGGCAGUGGAGGCGUGACCAGCAGUAACCAGAGUCCCUUGCCCAUUGCCAUCAUUGGGAACAAGGGGGACAUGGUGCACCUGCGGCAAGUCAGCACUGAGGAAGAACCCGCUUGGCAACAGCUGACAGUGUUCAGGAACAGAGUCAGAGGAGAGGAGCAGGAAAGUGGGUCACCCAGGGAAGCCCAAGCCUGCAUGCAGUUGAGCCCCUCUGUCUACAGGAACAAACAGUUCUUGAAACAG